GCAGCCAUUAUCUUGACGACUGCUGCCGUCACGGCCGCCCGAAUACACAACGACUCGAUUACACAGCUUCCACACCACAGCGCAUACAGUUUUUCUAUUGUUCGCGCUCAACACCACCACACUCUGACGACGACGGCUAAGCGGCAAGGCUAGCAGUAACGCACCACUGCAGUGCACACGCAAGCCUUUUGCAACUGAUAUCUCGUUGACAUUGCCAGUCGGAGGGGCCACUGCCGACCACACGCCUGUUUCCGGCAUCAAGACCAGUCCCUCGACAAUGUCAAGCGCCAAUCCUCCAGCCACUGCAACUUCCGGCCCUCGACCUGCGACACCCAUGAGCAAUGGAUCGGCAAACCAUCCGGUCGACCCCCCUCCUGCCACGAAUGGCCACCCGAACCACGCUCACGAGACCCGGCCGGCUCCUGCGCCCCCCGCAAACAUGGCGGGCAAAAAGGGCAAACCGAAAAAGGCCCCCGAGCCGAACGAGGCUAGUAAGCUCAUUGCUGCUAGAAUCACACAACUGGAGCAAGAUGCCGCUGGUGAAAAGGACCAGGAGGCCGAAAUAGAACGAGAGGUCAAGAAAGCUAGUAGGGAGCUACAUAGCCAGACCUCGCGGAUGAACGACCUCCAAAAGAUUGAUCAUCUGACCAAACGCUGUGCGGACUUGCUGGCGGAGAUGAAGAGGCUCGAACGUGAAAGCAUCAAGAACAAGAAACGAGGCGAUCAGCUACAGAAGGACAAGGACAAUAGCCGCAAUGAACUCAACAAGACAACGUCGCUUAAAGAGAAGCUCGAGAAACUCUGCCGCGAACUGCAAAAAGAGAAUAACAAGCUCAAGAACGAGAACAAAACGCUAUCGGAUACGCAGGUUCGAAGUCAGAACUCAUGGGAUGAGAGGUAUUCAGCUCUUCUUCGUCGAAUGGAUGACUAUCAGGAAGAAAAGGACAAUCCGCGCAAGCAAGUAGUGGACAUGGAAAUGGAUGAAUUUUUUCGCCAGCGGUUCAAGUCUCUGAUCGAACAGUACGAGCUGAGGGAACUCCACUUCCAUGCGCAAAUGCGGACCAAGGAACUCGAAGUCCAAUACAACCUCGCUAGGUUUGAGCGUGAAAAGAAGAACUACGAGGCCGAAUUGGCGCGCUCAAGGCAGUUAAACGCCCAGGUGCAGACCUUCUCAAAGACGGAGACGGAGCUGAGACAACAACUCAAUGUCUACGUGGACAAGUUCAAGCAGGUUGAGGACACGCUGAACAAUAGCAACGACUUGUUCCUUACGUUCCGCAAGGAAAUGGAGGAUAUGUCGAAGAAGACAAAACGCCUUGAGAGGGAAAACGAGAACCUCAAGAGAAAGCACGAGCAGGUGAAUGGCAACAUCCUCAAGAUGGCGGAGGAGCGGAACAAGUACUUGGCCGAGAUCGAGGACCUCAAGAAAAAGUGCGAGAAGCUGAAUGGCAUCAUUAAACAGAUGCAGCAGCAAGGCCGGGGGAUCCCGCAAGGGCUGGCUGGCGCGGUUGAAACGGGCUAUGCGGAAGGUGAAGGAGAGCUUGAGGGGGAUGAAAGCGAGUACGAAGACGAGUACGACGAAGAAGGAGAUGAGGAAGUGAGUGACGAGGGCGACGAGUACGACGAUGAAACCGAGGACGAGCAGCAGAUGCAGCAGCAUCACCAACCCCAGCCGUACGGGCCUGAGCGGCCGCCCCCUCCUGCUCCGGCUCCUGCCCCUGUUCCCACCAAGGCCGCCCUUACCGCUAACGGCGCGUACCACCUUUGCUAGAUGGAUAUCCGCAUGCUCAUUUCCGAGAGUUUCUGUCCCGCGCCAACGGCUCAGGUUAAGGGUAUGUAUGCAGUGAAACACCGAGGUUAUGACUCGGCUAUCAAUAUGCUUAGAGGACUAGCUCAACCCAUCAGUUCAUCCAGGCGUAUUGACUGGCAUGAACAGGUAACGACAUUGCCGUAUUAGUGUAGUAUUGUCUAGUGAAGAAAUUCAGCGGUUGCAGGAGAGGCUCGGUGCUUUGAUGGACCAGAAAUUGAGGCUCGAUGAUAUCAUGGA